AUGUCACAGACAUCGUCGGCCUCUUCGAGGCACCGUCGGUGCAAAAAGUGGCAAACCUUUCGACCCGCUAGAAACUCCCUUUGUGAUCUGCUGCGCCGGCACGCCCGCAUCCCUCUAUUCCGCCCUCCCGUGCACUGGACUGACAUGCACUCGCAAGUCCUCGGUGCGCACUUUCAGGAAUUACCGCCCUGCGACACACCAUUGCCUCAGAAUAUCCCCGGUACUCCUCCGUCAAAGGGCCAUUUGCUCCCUUCCAAGGCCAUUACGACACUGAGCCAUGCUUUGACCGAGAUUUUGCAUCCCGAUGACGCGUGCGCGGAUUUGUAUUCAAAUGCAACCAGAAAGGGUUCAAGUGCUGUCAAGACUGUAUUGUCAACAUUAUGGCCGGCUAUAUUCGGCCAGCCUAUUCUUUUCCCACAACUGCACAUAUUCUUUGGCGGCCGUCCUUGUCCAAUUCCUGUGCACAUGCAACUAAUGUGGCAUUAUCCGGAUGACAAUGUCCAGUCAUCACAAAGCUCCUUUAGGUCAAUAUCGACCCGGCCUGCCGAAUCUAAUGGUCUCUUUUCGGGCUCAGCACCCGCGGCUCAUAACCCAACCGGUCUUCCCAUGAUUUGUUAUAUUGGACAGGAUCAACUAGCUACGAUACGUCGGAGCGUUUUCCGCAUUCGACCGGGGUCAGAACUAUGCCGAAAUGAACCCGUCUCCCGGCUGUUCUUCCUCCGAUCCAAGGCAGUCAUGCCCGCUAAUUUGCACCACGAUGCCUAUUUGGUGGCCAUCUUCCUAGCUAUGGCACAGCGACAUUUUUAUGAUGUACCUGUGCCCUCGUCUUGGAGAGACUCCCGGUGGUCUCCUUGGGCUGAAAAGCCGCCCCGUCCAGCAUUUGAGGACCUCAAGCUCAGGAUCCUCACUCACGACAGCGAUAUGGAACAUUUUAUCAUUUAUACCGGGCACAUCACAUCGAAGUUCCUUGACAGGUUUCAUGACCCCUCGACAACUCCCACGUCUGAUGAGAUUAAGGAUGAGGGUGAGAAUGACCCAUUAGGCAUCAGAAUUGAGUACACCAAAGUUCCUAUCUGGCCAAUCCUUGGUUUGAAGGAGCGACUUGGCAAAGGUCUUGGCGAGGAGGUGGUGGGCCAGUUUAAUCCGUCCGAAAUGGAGACCUGGGACACUGAUUCCGAAGACGACGCACCCAGAAAUACCAAGCGCAAGCGCGAGGCUCUUGGUGACAUGUUCCGGUUUGAGGAGGAAACUGACGACGAACAGGAGUCGUCGUUGAAGCCAAAGAGGCAAAGAUUGCAAGAGGGGCCGCCCAUAGGGGUGGGAGCCUAG